UCUAUCGCCUCUCUCGAAACUCAACUCUAUCGCCUCUCUCAAACCCUAAUCUCACAACACAACCCUAAUCUCUUCGAAUCUAUCAGUUUCAAUCACCAACAAGAUGCCACAUCGAGGGAAGAAGAGGAAGGUUGGUCCUAACGUUACUCAGAGAGCGACGGGGGCACCACCAAAUCGACGGCCUAAUACUCUGCCCAGUCGGUACAACUUCACGCCGGCGGGACAAGAUCCUCCUCCUCUGCAGACGCCUGAAGCACAAGUCAGCGGUUUGCAACGACAGUCUCCAGCCCAGAUCCGGAACUAUCCUCCGCCGCAACAACUUUUUCAGAACUCGUCUACACAUCCACCUCCACCCGAGCUACACCGGACUCCUUCAGAAGAAGUCCACUUCAAUCCACGGACUCAGGGAAGAAGUCGGGAUGUCUCUCCGCCUUCUCCAGUUCGACCCUCUCAAACUCAGGGGAGAAGUCAGGCGAGAAGUCAGGCGAGAAGUCAGGACAGAAGUCGGGAAGUCUCUCCACCUUCUCCUGUUCGACGCUCUCAAACUCAGGCGAGAAGUCAGUCGCAUCCAUCGCAUCCAUCUUCUCAAGGGAACAACUUUGAAGAAGAAUCUUCUCCGGUGUUGCCCGAACUACAGUCGAAUGUGUUGCAUGCUCUAAAUGCAUUGCUUGUGGUUCCAGACAGGGAUAAGUUCACCACUGUCCUCUCUCCCACACCCGUACCGAACACCCAAUGGUUUACUCGUGACAAAGGAUCGAAACUUGUUCGGAAGAUUACUAAAAUUCUUCAAAACAAAUUCGAAGGUCCCUUCUACACUUUCAUACAUAGCCUUCAUACAUAG